AUGGGCUUGGUUGACCAGAUCCACCAAGAAACUGUUGUAAGCCAUCCAGCUCUGGUUUUGAUAGAACAUCAGAUCCUGUUAGUGCUCUUGUUGUGUCCACAAGUCUAUAAGGUGUUUGAUUCUCUGUUCAAGCUUAUGCCAUUGGAUGUUUUCUCUGAUGAAGCUGAAGAUGUUGUUCAGGAGAAACAAAUUGGUGAUACAUAUACCACCACGAAGGGAAUGGAUGAGAAGAAUCAGUCAAUGGUGACAGAAUUUCUACUCUUGGGAUUCGGGAACCUUCAUAAUUUCAGAAUUGUAAUUUUCAUCUUCUUUUUGAUCAUCCACAUCAUGGCUUUAACUUCUAAUAUCUUUGUCUUGGUCCUUGUUGGGGUCACCCGAAGCCUUCACUCCCCCAUGUACUUCUUUCUCAGCCAGUUAUCUAUGUCUGAGAUCCUGUUCACCAGUAACAUCGUGCCCAAUAUGUUAUGGCUGAUACUGGUGGGGGAAGGCCGACUACCGGUGUCCAGAUGUUUAUCUCAGUUCUACCUGAUGAGCGUUCCCAGUAUUUCUCAGUGUUUUUUGUUGGCGGCCAUGUCCUUCGAUCGACAUGCGGCCAUCUGCAGACCAUUACACUAUGCCACCAUUAUGACCUUCACCCAUGAGCUUCAGAUGGUCGCCUCCUGCUGGUUGUUGGGGUUCACAUUUCCACUUCCAGUAUAUAUUUUCUUAAACAAAUUAGAAUUCUGCUGCCGUUAUGUCAUCAACCACUUCUUUUGUGACAUUGCUCCUCUUCUACUACUGUCCUGCUCCAGUACGUCUGCUGUAGAGCUGGUCACUGCUGUGGUCUCCUUCCCAGUCCUUCUGACUCCAUUCAUAUUUAUCGUAGUCACUUACAUUUCGAUCAUUCGGACCAUCCUCAAGAUCCGCUCCAGUGUUGGGAGACAUAAAGCCUUCUCCACCUGCAGCUCCCACCUGAUCAUUGUGUGCAUGUACUACGGGACAUUGACGUCCAUUUAUAUCUUCCCACCAAGAGACAACUCCAUAGAUCUGAACAAAAGUCUCUCUGUCCUAUACACACUGGUGACGCCAUUGUUCAACCCUCUUAUCUACAGCUUGAGGAACCAGGAUAUCAGAGGCGCCAUUGGGAAAUAUGUUCAAGUCUUGAAAAUGAGGCAAAAGUCACAAUAG